UCGCAUAUGCACUGGCAGCUAUCCUCAAGGUCUAUUCUUUUUGUUGAAGAGAGGUCUGCUACCCUGGCAGCGGCCGAGAGAACCUCUGUCAAGGACAAGAUAGUCGGCUUUCCGGAUUGCGAUGGCUGGGGGUGUUUCUUACGCGUCUAUUGCUGAACGUCGGCAUCAAGAGGUACAGACACGUGUCAUUCACAAAUGUGCGAGCUGCAGACCCUCAUCGCAUGGAUGCAAUGGAGCCGGCAGCCGUGUCCGUGGACGGUCGGCUACUACUUGUGCUGCUGCACAGGGACUUGUGAAGCUGCGUCAGCAAUCACUCAGAAGCAGCCGGCUUUUCGAGAGACAUGGUGGCGGAGUUGAACCGCUCGAUCCGUCCAUUCGGAUUGGCCUUCACUAUUCUGCAGUCCGGCUCCUUGUGCCCAAACUCUUCGUCUUCCUGUUUAUGUUACACCAGCUGCAGCAAUGGCAGCAAGUGUCAGCUCACGUCAGGCUUGUCUACCCACCCUCUCGCAACUGGAACGACUAUCUUCUUAGCCAAGAAGUGAGUCCUCCUUGCGGGGUACAGCACACUAGAAAUAGCCCCACGACUCUUCUUCGAGCGGGCAUGCUGCUUAACGUUUCCUGGGCCAUGAGCGCCAUUCAUAGUGGGGGAUAUCGGAUCGAGCUUCUUUCUUCCUCCUCGGUGGGAGAUGGUGCUGAGCCCCUCGUCCUUGUGAAUCGACAGCGAACAUCGACCUGGGGGGCGGACAUGGAUCCAACCAUCCAAUGGGACGUGGUCUGGCUACCGAACCAGCAGUGUCUUCGCUGCACCAUCCGGCUGGUCAAACAGGCAUUGGAGAUAGGCGAAAACGAAGCGUUCAUCAGCUGUGCCGACGUCAACAUAAUUACUUACGGCAUCAACCAGUGCCACCAAUGCAGGGGCUUGCCGGGUAUCGGCUGUAUGUUCGACAUACAGGACGAUCUGUACAAGUGCGGCUGUCCGUCGAACGGGACCCUUGGUGGUGUGUACUGCGAGAAGGAAGACGAGUGUUUGAUCGACAGCGAUUGUGGUGGUCCCCACGCCCACUGUAUGCAGCUGCACACUACCAACCCGCCCUCAAGACAGUGCUUCUGCGACGAAGGGUACUUUGGACCCGAAUGUCAGUUCAUCAGCGACAUAUACUUACCCGCAGCAGUGGACCUGACCGCUUGGGAGGCGUCGUAUCCGUUCCGAGUGCGGGCCAGCAACUUCACGAUGUACUGGAGGGUCAUUCCAGCUGCCUUAACUGCAGGAGGAGGAGGAGGAGAAGGGAGUGGUGAGGAUGGACUAGACAGGAGAAUCAUUGAGGUCGCGGUAGCCGCGGACACUAUGAGCUAUGUGGCGGUCGGUUGGCGUCCAGCAGCCGUCGAGGAGUUGAAGAGUCGGCAAGUACCUGACACCGAUCCGGCCGAGGCAGUCGAUAUGAACUCGGGGGUAGUUUUCCCUCCUCUCUUGACCGGACCGAAGUUGCUGCCCACCCCGGAGAACAAAGCCGCAGCGCAGUGGCUUGCUCGGACGGGGAGGACCAGACCCCAGCCCACUAGUAUCGCCGGUCUGGUGUACCCGCAGGACGGGUCCUUGGCACAUCUGUUUGUACCUCCGGAGGUCUAUACUCCAGUGGCUACUCAGAGGGCAGAAGCCAAGGCCAUGGCUAUGGCGGCCAAGGGAGGACGAAGACGGCUGGCGCAGGUUCCCACUGUCGACUCUCAAACAAGCCUUCCCGAGGGUGAGCAAAGUUCGUCAACGAGGGAGGAGACGGUGCAAGCUGUGCCGGAGAUGUUAUGGCAGGACAUGACAAUCAUAGCAGUCCGCGGUCGUGCCUUUCGAGUUAUCGACGCUUACGCACUUAACCACGGUACCCCUCAAGACGACAGGAAACUUCCCGGCGGAACUUCUGACAUUAUCGACGCUAUUGCUCACGAGGAAGAUGGGCGAACGUUCGCAAUAUUCCGCAGAUUCACCCGUUUUCUUGGGGAGGGUGCGAUCCCCAUGGCGCUGGGUGAGAAUGCAAUGAGCAAGAUGAUAUGGGCUACGUCGUCUGACGCUUCCAACAACCUCGCCUACCAUUUCCUGCAACAUAGGUAAGCAACAUGUCAGGCUGGGAGGCCGCAGGCCCGCAGGUAUCAGUCAGGACAUGGAACAUUGUCAGACUGCAGUUGUCGGCUGGGACAAACCCCUGACCAACUCCCCUCAGGCUGUUGCCUCCCCGGCAAUUCCCAGAAGCAGGGUGUUGUCAAUGAUUUUUUUUUUUUUUUUUUUUUUUUUUUUUUUUACAAAAGACACUGCUCAUUUGAUUAUGCACACCAAAGGAAAAGGCCAGGAAUCCUCAGCAAACAACCCGGAAAAGAGAGUAAUGAAUAUUAGGGCCUCGC